CGUUUUUGCUGCAAAAUCAGCUUUCAAUCUGAGCCGUUUGAUUGUUUCUUAAUGGACGGUAACGGGAGAGGAGGUUGCUGUAUCGCCCGAUAUGUCGGACCUUCCCACGACAUGUCGAAAGUAGACCGUAUAAUGCUUAGGUUCCGCCCCAUUGCGCCUAAACCGGCGCUUUCCUCCGGAUCUGGUUCGGCGGAAUCCACGCCGGAGAAACCUGAGGUUACCGGACGAACCGGUAGAGGGAAGAGGAAGUGCGGUAGGGAGACUGGAAGUAAGCGGUGCAAUAAUCGGAGGAAGAAGAGUGUAACAAACGACGGCGUUUUGGGUUCGGCGGUUUUGACGACGACGUUGCCACUUCUGCCGGGGAUUCCGGGUUGUGUUAAGAGAGAAGGAAGAAACGUGCCGGUUUGGUUGAGUUUCGAGGGGGUGAGAGAGGAAGCGGGAUUGGUGGUGGAUCGGACGGCGGUUGCGGCGGUGUCGGUGCCGCAGGCGGUGAGGAUAGUGGCUUCGUCGGUGACGGUGGAGCACGUGGCGGAGAUCACGUGGGGAGAAGGGGAGGAGUUGGGAUGUACGGACGAGGAGAUGAGGAGGAAUCUGGAGAGAGACACGUGUCCCGGGUUUAUAUCGGACGGUGGAGGGAAGGUGACGUGGACAAACGAAGCGUAUAGGGAGAUGGUGGGGGGUACGGCGGAUGACGUGGUGAGGGUUUGGUUGGAGAUGAAGGAGACGACGGAGGAGUGGUGGCCGGCAUUCACGUGUAGAGUUAAGGUUCAGUACCGGAGCCGGUGGGGAAAGGAGAGGAGCUCGUUGACGGCGCCGUGUGAUGCAUGGAGGAUGGACGGCGGCGGGUUUGCUUGGAGGCUGGACGUCAAGGCGGCGCUCAGUCUCGGCUUGUGCCGAUAAUGAGCCGGUUCGGGUUGGUUUUUUAUUGGGAGGUUUGUAAGAGAAUUGUGAAUAGAGAGGGCUUUGUUAGGGUUCAAGUUUUCAAUGCAUUGCCUAUAAUCGUCUUUUUCUUUUUCAUGUAAAUAUUGGGUUUUCAUUUUUUUUUUCCGAUCAAUAUAUUGA